AUGAAGACGCUUCCAAAGUUCAAGCCGUUUGUGCAGACAUGCUCUGACUGCGGAGAAACACAGAACAUAGUCGAGGACUACAAGAAUGGGUACCAUGUGUGCGGAAGGUGUGGGUGCAUUGUGGGAAACAGAAUCAUAGACGAGGGGAGCGAGUGGAGGUCGUUUGGAGACAGCAACAAGGUGGAUCCAUGCCGUAUUGGAAGUGCAAGUAACCCGUAUCUCGAGUCUGAGCAGCUGGACACGAUGAUAAGCACUGGAGGGGGCAUGAACUCGUAUGUGCUGUCGAAGAUUCAGAUGAAAAACAGCAUGAGGGGGCCCGAGAGGGCUCUGAAGCACGGAAUGAACCUCAUCACGGCAUUCUGCGAAAGGUCGAAUCUGUCACGAACCAUCAUCGAUAGAGCACACUACAUCUUCAAGAACAUCGAAGAGAGAAAGCUCCUGAAGGGCAAGAACGUGGAGGGCAUUGUUGCGGCCUGCAUAUACAUAGCGUGCAGGCAGGAGGAAUGCCCCAGGACAUUCAAGGAAAUAAGCGUGAUGACGGCCGUGCAGAAGAGAGAGAUAGGAAGAUGCUUCAAGCUAAUAUCUCCCCACUUGGAAAGGAUGGCAACCAUGUCCACAGAAAACAUCAUAGCAAGAUUCUGCUCCGACCUUAAUCUGAACAUCAAGAUUCAGAAGAUUGCCACAGAGAUAGCAAAGGCAGCACAUGAGCUAGGAUGCCUUGCUGGAAAGAGCCCCGACUCGAUAGCUGCUGCAGUGAUAUACAUGGUGACAAACCUGUUUCCUGAGGAAAAGAAGAUCCAGAAGGACAUCCAGUUUGUUACCAAUGUCACCGAAGUUACCAUAAAAAACACAUACAAGGAACUGCUGACCUUCAAAUACGACAUAAUCCCCGAGAACAUGGUUAAUAAGGAAAGCAUAGACAAGCUUCCAGGAUAUUGA